CUGGAUGGUCAUUUCCGUUUCCGACGACGGAAGCAAGAACAAUUGCCGGGUGAGAGAUGGGGAAGAAAGGGAAGGAGGCGGCGCGCGAGCGGCGCGAGCAGCGCCGCCGCGAGGUCGCCCUCCUCCGGUCCCUCCCCUACGAGCCCCACCAGCGGUGGUGGGACCGCCUGGCGCCGCGGGCCGUGGCAGUGGUCACUGGCGCCAACCGCGGGAUAGGCUUCGAGGCCGCCCGCCAGCUCGCGCUCCAUGGGCUCCACGUCGUGCUCGCCUGCCGCGACGCUGCCAAGGGCCAGGACGCGGCGGAGAGGAUCCUGGCUGAGGCUCCCGAUGACACGGUCGUCAGCGUGGAGUCCCGGAAGCUCGACGUGGCGGACGCCGCGUCGGUGGAGGCCUUCGCGGCAUGGGCAGUGGAAACCUACGGCGGCAUCCAUGUACUUGUUAACAAUGCAGGUGUAAACUUCAACAAAGGAGCAGAUAAUUCUGUUGAGUUUGCUGAGCAAGUUAUCGAGACAAAUUACUAUGGCACGAAGCGGAUGAUUGAUGCUAUGAUACCGCUAAUGAAACGCUCUGCGUAUGGUGCUCGGAUAGUGAAUGUAAGCUCAAGGCUUGGUAGAGCUAAUGGCAGACGGAAUAGAAUUGGUGAUGUGAGCCUAAGAGAUCGACUGUUGAAAGACGAUUGUUUAUCAGAGCAGCUGAUUGAUGAGAUGAUCACGAAAUUUCUCGAACAAGCGAAGCAAGGUACUUGGUCCCUGAAUGAGUGGCCACAGAUGUACACGGACUAUUCGAUCUCAAAGCUCGCUGUUAAUGCUUAUACACGACUCAUGGCAAGGAGGCUCUCGGAUCGGCCUGAAGGCCAAAAGAUAUACAUUAACUGUUUCUGCCCUGGCUGGGUAAAAACCGCCAUGACUGGUUGGGAAGGGAAUGUUUCUGCUGAAGAAGGUGCUGACACAGGUAUAUGGCUCGCCUUAUUGCCUCAGGAAACGGACACAAACGGCAAGUUCUUCGCCGAGAGAUGUGAGAUAAGCUUCUAAGGCUAUCCAUGAUUUUGGUGCUUGGUAGCGAUCAUAUGACAAGCCGAUGGUCAAGAUCAUUAAAGGGGGCACCGCUAUGUCACAUUGAUGGAAAGCCCAUGACCUCGAAUUCUGUUGAUUAAGGUGAUCUACGAAAUGUUUGUUGGCCAUGAAUGAAGUAUCAUAAAAGCGGAAUGCUUAUCAGGACCGCCAGAAAAAUGGGCAACUUGGAAGCACGGCCAGCUGGCUGUUUCCUACGUGUGCUACAAGGCUGCAGCAAUGACCUGUAUUGCUGUAGUCAGUAUAUUACAUGUUUGGUUGGUUUUAGCACAACAAGGUGAAUGUGCAAGCGCAGCAUUGAUGUACCAUCAGGUCAUGCAAAUCUCAGACUGGAGUGGUUUUCAUGUACAGAAAGCAAACACGUGCUUAUUUAUUAUUUGCGAUUUGGAGAUGGAGACAGAUUAAGCAUGUCGAUGUAACUUCCCUCCCUCUGACUAUUUUAUUCCCUGUUCUGUGAAUGGAAGUGGGGCAAAGGCUUGAGACAAUGCCGUGUGCGCUGGGACUGGGAGCAUACAAGUCUGGCUGUUGUGUUGGCCGAAUUUUUUGUUUUUGAGUC